UUGAAUUGCGAAAUAGUAAUUUAUUGCAUUUCAUUCUUUGUCUUUCCAGAAAGUCACUAUCAGUACGCACCGUCGGACAACCCACAUUCGGUUAGUUACUACACCGGUUGUGAGUUUGAGUGCUGUUUUACGGAGCAGGACUUCCUGGUUGACGUGAUUUUGGACGAUGUUUCCCCAUUCGCCGGCUCUUCUUUUCACCCGUCUUCGGCGGACCACUCAGCAGCGGACUUUUUCACCGUAGCUGGGGCAGAGACGGGGAUGUGGCAUACUAGCAGAAUGGGGAGAAACGGGGGACAAAAGAGAGAGGGCAAAAGAGAAUACUUCAGUCUGACAGAGCGGUGUCUGCACCAACAACUCUCGGAGAGACUAGGCGGUGAGGCUACGUCCCUACUAGUCGAUCAGGCGUUGCUCCGACACCCUAGUUCUCUGUCUGCUUCUACAUUAUCAGAUGCCUUCCUCUCAGCUAUUACCGUUACUAUUGUCAUCGUCGCCGCUCGUCUAGGCUGA